AUCAAGUAAAGCUGAAUUAUGGAGACGAAAAGAGUAUUGUCAUCAUCUGGCUCCGUAGAUUCAAUCAGCUCUCUUCCAGAUGAUAUACUUGCUCAUAUCUUAUCCUUUCUUCCUACUAAACGAGCUGCUUCUACCUCAAUCCUCUCCAAAAGAUGGAGGACUCUGUUUCCACUCAUGAAUCUUCUCUGCCCAUCUCUCUAUCUAGACUACUCUGAUUUACUCUAUCCCGAGAGACAGACUGAAGAAGAAUCUGUUGUUCAGGAUAGCUUCAGAAAUUUCGUUGAUAAAACACUUUCAGGUUGUAACAACAAUUCCUUAAAAGAAAUUCUAAAUUAUGAAGAUGAUGAUGUUCAACGCAUGAGUCCUACCAGAUGGAUAUCAAAGGCAAUGGAAAAAGGCGUUUCGGAUCUUGAUCUUCGCAUAUAUAUGCAUUUGAUGUACGAGCCACCAUGUCUUCUUCCUAACACCGUCUUCAUUAACAACACAUUGGUCAAGCUCACUUUAGGAACAGAGCUUUGUCUUGGUAAUGCUCCUUUGGAGUACGUUGGUCUUCCCCUGCUUAAGAGUCUCUUCCUCCACACAGUUUGGUUUUCAGAUGAUGCUAUAUGUGAUGUGAUGUUUGAUGGUUGCCCUGAGCUAGAAGAAUUAUACAUACAUCACAUUUACAUUGAAGAUAGAGAUCGCGAAUUCAACAUUCCUCCAGCACCUCAUUAUUUAGGCCACGACAACAUCAAAAAACUCACAGUUUGCUACAAUAACGAUGUUCAGGCCCCUCGCGUUUUGUCAAUCUACACACCAAAUCUUGUUUACCUAGACUACUCUGAUUAUCUAACUUGUCUCUAUGAAUCGGAGAAUCACUUCAAUGAUCUUUUAGAUGCCCGCCUUAAUCUUGUUUUCGCACGGUGUGGGAGAUGGGGUAGUGAACACGAACCCUGUUUGAAAAUCAUUAAUUCUAUCUCCAAUGUUCGGAUCCUUUACCUUUCUUCUUCUACUGUUGAGGUGAUGUAUGCAUGCCUUGAUCUUGAUGAGAUUCCAUUGUUUAAGAACUUGGCCACUCUACAUUUUGAGGGUGAUAAAAAAGACUAUUGGAAAUUGCUUUGCAAUAUGAUUGAAAAAUCUCCAAAGCUAGAAACUCUAGUCCUCAAAGGUUUGUGCGGUGUAAGCGAUUGUGGGGUUAACAUUGAUGGUGGAAAUGUGGUGAAGGUGGUUGAGAUACAAGGGUAUAAAGGAAGACUUGAAGAACUGAAUCAGGUGAAGUGCUUCUUGCUAGUAAUGGAGAAUCUUGAAGAGAUGAAAGUGAACAUUAGUGAUGAGAUAGAGAACAAGUUGCAACUCACAAAUGCUCUUCUUGCUCUUCCUAAACGCUCACCCAAAUGCAACAUCCAUGUCUUGUGAUUGGGUGCUUGGUAAAAUUCUAAUUGGAUGUUACUUGAUAGGUAAGAUUUCUUUCUUUACCGACAAUGUUUAACGACGAAAUCAGAAACAUGUUUGA